AGCAUCGCGUACCGGAAUUUAGUUUGGUGUUCACACGCGCACCGCGCGGUCGUUGGUGUCACGUACCGCCCUCUACCGUCGGUCGGACCAAAACUCGCAUAUUAUUCGAACCUAAAUGCACUUUAUAUCAAGCACAACAAAAUUCAUGAAACAAAAUGUGUAAAAUACAGUGCUUACUUGCAAUUUUCACACUAUAUAUUGGCCUGGUUAAUUCGUGGGAUAUCGCGAUAACAACCGGUGGCCAGUUAGAAUUUUAUAGCAACAAAACAAAAACUAACAGUGAAGGAGUUAGAUUCAGAGAUCUUACUGCGUUGGCGUAUGAUGCAGUCCAUAACAUGUUGUUGUUUGUUGAUAAACAGAAUGACAACGCUUCUAUAUUCAGUUACCAUUUAGCCACAAAAAAAUACCAGUCAUUAGUUAGGAGAAAGUCCUAUGAAAAUAUUCAAGGGCUUGCUUUCGAUCCAGUCAAAGGUCUUCUUUUCUGGACAGACACUAAUGAAAGGAGUAUUUACUGGAUGUCACUAAUGCCUGGAUCCAAAAACGAUAUUUAUGGCAAUCUCUUGAUAAAAAUGGAUGACGAGAUUCCAAGAGCGAUUGCCGUCGAUAGCUGUAGAGGUUAUAUUUACUGGACCAAUAUAAAUAUUACGAAACCAACAAUCGAGAGGGCUAGGUUCGACGGGACUGGAAGGGAAAUAAUUAUUGAUAAAGACAUUUACAUGCCUGUGAGUAUCGCUGUUGACCAACAGACACAAAAACUAUAUUGGGCAGACGACAGAGAAGGUAUACACUACUCCAUUGAAAGUGCAGAUCUCGAUGGUAGAAAUAUAAAAACAUUGUACAUGGGUACUUAUCAUCAGCCUAAUGCACUAGCCGUUUCUAAAGAUGCCAUUUAUUGGGUCGACUGGGGUUACAAGUCUGUAUGGAAGUUACCAAAGGAAUCAACAAAAUCUUUGGAUCCUGUAGAGCUCAUUGGUUUCUCUAAUGAAGUACCAUUCGGUAUUGUUGCCAAUUAUCAAAUUAAAGAUCAAACAGAGGGCACAAAUGAAUGCGAAGAAUUAAUUAAAUUGUCGCAAAACAAAACAUUGAUUAACGAUACAUUCAACAUUCCAAGAGAUGUCGGUUUAUUCUGCCUUCAUGGCGUUAAAGUUAAUGGACAAUUGGCCUGUAAUUGUUCUGCUGGUUACACUGGGCAGCGGUGUGAAAUUUCUAUUUGUCACAAUUAUUGUUUCAAAGGUGAAUGUGAGAUUGCAUCUGAUGGAACACCAGAAUGCAGGUGUAAUAAUGGUUUUAAAGGAGAGAGGUGUGAAAUCAAUAUAUGUGAUGGAUACUGUCUGAACAAGGGUAUAUGUUCAGUAGACCAAGAGCAAGGACCACUUUGUAAAUGUUCAAAAGAAUUUGAGGGACCCAGAUGUGAAUUAUUGUCAACAAUAAAUAGUGUUAAAUUAGAACGAUUGCCUUCUUCCGUCACGGAAAGAUGCAAUUGUACCCCAGAGCUAAAUGUAUCAAAGUCAGUGCCAUUAUCAUCUGAAAACUUAAGAAACAAUGAGCUUCCAUUUGUUGAAAUAAACGAUUGUAAUUAUGGCUGGGACUCAGUCAGAGAUCCAGUUAUUAUGAUAUUGGGGAUCGCUUGUGCCCUACUGUGCAUAGCAUGUACUGUACUCGUUGCAAAGAUAUUAAAGCUGAAGAAGCGUCCCAGAAUAAAGAAGCGUAUUAUCGUAAACAAGAAUGUCACCCCAUUGACGGCCCGGCCCGACCAGUGCGAGAUCACAAUAGAAAAUUGCUGUAACAUGAACAUUUGUGAAACUCCCUGUUUCGAGCCGCGGUCGACUAUCAGACCAAAUUUGUUAGAUUCUAAACCGGGUAAAGAAGAAAAGAAAACCCUCAUAAACAAUAUGGAGUAUCCAGAGGACUACUGAAAUACCUUAUACCAUCAUUCGGUGAACUAAUUUGGAAGUUAAGAGCUACUGAAGGUACAAUUUAUAUAAAGGUUACUAUUAGAUUUAAUUUUAAAGACAAACUAUGUUUCUGCAAAAUUGUAAUAACUUAUUCAUGAAAAGUUGGUAAAUUAUGUAUAUUUUUCUAAAUUGUUUACAUGUUUUUCAUUGUGAUUGAAAUAGCUGUACACAUAUUUUUAUUUAUUUUCACUGAAUUUUGUGGAUAAAAAAGAACACCAUAUUAGGAAAAUUUAAAUAAAUGAAGCGGCAAUUAUUUAAAAAUUUUAUAAAAAACAAACUCAGUAAUAGUUCUUUGUAUAAAUUGAACCGUAGUUAUUUAAUAAAGAAAUUGUGAUAUUUGACAUAGACUGCCACGAUGGGUGGAGUCUUUAGGGCUGUGUAUUGGCGACAAAAAUCUGAUUGUAUGAUGCGUAUAAGAUAUUUCUAUUCUGUCAAUUUGUUUGACAUAUAUAUACUUAUGAAUAAGAGGUUUGGAUUAAUUUGAAUAUCAUGAAAACACCAUGCGUUGAAUAGUACAGACAUGUGCCUUUCAUUUCUAUAAAACUUUUCUUAGCUGUAACACAGAAUAAAUAAUAGUCCUACGAUUGUAAUAAUCUGUUAAAACGAUUAUUUUGAAAUACGAAAAAAAAAAAAUCAUUGGGAUUUAAAACCACUUUCUUUAGAGUUUACAAUUGCUUCUAUUUUUCGUUAAAAAUAAUAAAAUUAACGGUGCCAAAUGUGAAAUUGAUUGUUACGAAAAAUAUAAUUAUCUGCACGAUACUUAAUUGAUUAAAGUUUAAAAACUUAAAGUUAUUAAUUUGGUUAGAUGAAUAACGAAAAAUAUUGCUGCAAUAUAGAGCAUUUAUAAUAGUGUAGUAACGUUACUUAAAAUUUGUCAUAAAGUAUACGGGCUUACCAAAAUUGUAUGAAAUUGUUUUUUUUUCUGUAUUUGUCUAAUUUGUUAUAGUUAUGAUUUUUUAUUAUCGAUUAUGUUGUUGCUAGUGCACAAAGUUUUAAUAAUUUUGAAAAAAAAUCAUUGAUACAACCUCUGGCCUAAUUUAUUAGACGUACCUAUGCCAUAGUUACCAUAUAGUUCGUACCUAUAUUUAUUGAACUUUAGACUACUCGUAUGUUUAUUAAUUUAGUUAAGUAUGUUUAUUAAAUUAUGUUCAGCAGCAUAUAAUGAAUGUCCAAGAUGAUAACUUAUAAUGGACAUCUAAAUAAACAAUUUAUAACUUUUAUACGAAAAUAACAAUAUAAUCGUUAAUAAUUCACUCCACUAAGUGGAGAAUCCUUAGCGGUAUUGUGGUUAACGAACUUUUGUUAAAUAUUAUUUAACAAAUUUUAAAAAUACCUAGUAUUUUGUAUGCUAUACUUUUGUAACCUCAUCCAAUGUUCCAAAAAUUACACACCGAAAAAUUUUUUUCGAUAUACGUAUCUAAGUAUUUAUUUUAGCUUCCAAAUAAUCGCGAUAUGAACGCAUUUUAUGGUAACCGAUGUGUUCGUUUUCAUUUAUUUUUAUAAACGAUUUAAUCAUGGUUGUAAUGCAACGUUUGUAUAGCAAGCACUGGCUUCAAUACUUUUGGCACAGAGCUUCUGAUCAUGCGUGAACCCUUAACUGGAAUCCACUUUAAACAGGCCAAGUGUCAAGCUGCUUUGCCAUAGACAAUUACGUCGAUUUUGAGACGCCGUCUCUUAUCUCUAAGAUUAAUAUUUCAAUUAGAUAUUACAGUGAAUCAUGAACAAAAUUUGUAAUAGACUUAAUCAUUUUAGUGCCAUUGGUUUUUACUCAUAUCUACUUAAAAAUGCCAAAGAAAUCUUUGUCGUGUAGAUGUCAUUUACUCUUGUCUCUAAAAAAAUGUAUCUCCUCCAAAAAUUAUCCAACUUUAAUAAUUUUUCUACAGUGAACUAAACCGCAAUUGAUUUCACGAACAUAUACUGCUAACGAUAUACUGCUCGUGGCACUUUUAGUUACAAUGCGCAUGAGCAUCAUGACAGUCGUCGGCACUCAAACGGUUAAGUCAAUAAUAUUAUAAAUUGUGCUUAUAGACCUUCAUAAAACACUAAUUUCAUUAAAAUAUUAGAUUAAGAGAUAAGUUUAGAGAAAUAGCGUCUUAAAAUCGACCCCAAUAUGGCUAUUAACAGAUAGAUAUCGAUCGUGAAAUUGUGUUCCGCAUCAUACUUUUUAUGUAGGUUCAGUGAUUUCUUCUAACUCGCUAUUUAAUGAACAAAACUAUUGGCGAAUGAAAUGUUUUCAUUAUGGAGCACAUAAACCAGAUGACGUUAUUGUAGGGUUGCCAACCAUCAUGUUUUUCCAGGACAUGUUCUGGUUUUUGGAGGGUUCUGGAUAGCUUUCAUGUAACAUCCUGAGUUUUUUUAAGUGUUCUGAUAAGGUCAUAUAAUAAAAAUAUAUAAUAUAUUUUAAACUUCGCAUACUUUUCGAAUAUUUUUCAAAAAACUUUGAAUACUUUUAUUUAAAAAAUAUUGUUAUUACUUGAAUUGCAUUUCAUAUGUUCAUUACAUAUUAUUUAAUUAUUGCUACUCAAUUAUUGCGUCCUGUCUUUACAAUAAAAUUGACCUAGUAUUUUCAACAUUAAUCCUCGUUUUUUUUUUUUUUAUUUGGGGUUGGCAACCCUAGUUAUUAUCUCGGACUCUACAGCCAAAACAUAUUUAUGGAUAGAUUUUUUUGGUACUUGUUUAGAGGGGCCAGGCAAACUUUCUCACGGACUUUUGUCUAACCAUUGAAAAUUAAGCCAUUGAUUUGAAUGUGUCUACGUGUGGUCCAAACACGAACGUUGCUUACGGGGAUAUUUUUGAGAUGGUUAUAAAUUUUAAAUAUCAAACUAUGUAAUAUAAACUAUUCUCUCUUUUUGUAUAACAGACUGUAAACGAAGUACCUGAUACGCCUACUUAAUCAAUUAUUAAUUGUGUUGUUAAGGUUGUACUUACCAAUAAUUAUUUUAGAUUAAAUAAUAAGUAAAUCGUGGAUGGGAACCACAUUGCCUUCUUAGUAAUGCCAUCUUCAAAAUAUUCCCUUUUUGGGUAGGAAAAACUUCCUAUUCCUUUUGUGUUCCUCUCAUUUCACCAAUGAUGCUUUGGAAAUGUGUUCUUCCAAUAUUUCAAAUGGUGUUACGGAAAAGACUUGUUAACUUAUUGUAAAAUUGUGAAUGAAUAAGCUAGGUUGUGUCAGAUGUUUGGUAUAAUGUAAAUUGUAUCUUAUGUAACAAGACUAUAUAGGUUAUUUUGCGUCAAACGGCAUAACCGAUUAUUUUAUGGAAUGCAAAUAUUAGAUUUAAUUACAAAUAAUUUGUUUUAAUACCUGUGUUUAAUACUAUUAAAAAAAAUUAUCUACUCGUACUGUACUUAAUUAUGAGUACUUUUUACGUUAAAUUUAUUCAGUGUUCAGAUUCAAAAAUAGAAAUUCGUUUGACCCCAUUGGCAGUUUUAUAAUUCACCGCAGCACUGCACGAUGUCAUACAAUUUAACCGUUAUAACAUUGAAACAGUUUUUAAAGAAAAAUCGACUUAUUUGGUUUUACAAUAUUAUAAGGCAUAAAGUCGACUUUUGAGGUUCGCAAAAUUAGCCGACUAUAUCUAAAGCACAACCACACUGGGAGCUAAGUGAAUCUAAAAUAUAAAUUUGUUAUUUAUAUUUUCUGCAAUGAUAUCGUGUCGUAUCAUAAGAGUAAAAUCGUAUUAUACUGUGUCGUCCUACGGUGAAUUAUAAAAGGAUCCAUUAUGUGAAUCGCGUCACUCGAAACGUUGUGCAAAUUUUGGGCCAACUUUCCGAAGGUACAAGGGCUAGAAGUUUUUUAAAAAAUAUCAAUCUAUAAAUUAACAGUCAAAUCUUAGCAAAAUUUUAUUCCAACGACAUAGGUAAGUACCUAUUUAUUACUUACCUAAUAAUUAUUUAUUGUUAAAGGUUUAGUGACAUUUUAUUGUUUGAACCGUCAGUGAAGCGUGAAUGGCUAGUUAUAAUCUACAGUGCCUCCUGUCUCGAUUUAAUUAAGAUUUUAUUCAAAAUUUUGUGAUUAAGUAAAUUAAUGUUUGUGUUACAUAUUGGCUGUAACUUAUUUUACGUUCCUAUAUUUUGUAAUUUAUUUAAAUAAUUAUAAGUACAUACAUAGAUGUAAAAUACACUAAUGCUAUUGCACACUUUUAUAUUUCUAGCGGUCGUUUCAAAACAACUAAUAACCAGAACUUAGCAGCCAUAUGUACUUAGUAACGGCAAGUUUUAGAAUCUCAAACUUAAGUAAUGUACUUAUUUAUUCAAAAUUCCAAUAGAAUGUAAACCCAUAAAGUAACAAAAGAGGCACUUUGAGAAAUUCACGAAAUUAUGUUUACCUAAUAAUAUUGUCGAUUGUAGAAAUGAUAUUGAAAUAUUGUAGACAGGUCAGUACCGUUACAUUGAAUAUUCCUUUUUUUUUUCGAAUCAAUUUUGAAUAAACCUACCUGAAUCAAUAACAUAUCUAAUACAUAAAUACACAAUUACCUAGGUGGAUAAUUAACAUUUUAUUAAUUUGCACCUUUGAUUUACACAAUAUACAAUAUCCGUGUAAUAAUAUUAUCAUAUCGUGUUUUUAUAAAUCCCUCAAAAGCUUAAAUAUGUAGCUUUAUUAUAUAUAAGGGAUUACAUAGAUUUAUUACGUAUUAUUGGAUAUACAUAUCUAUACCUAUUACUACCUAUUUCUAAACUAUUCGAUUUAUUUCAUUUACGUAUUCAUCUAUAUGUAUUUAUAAUGUUAACGACAUAUUUGAGAGGUAAGCUAAGAAAACCUAUCCUCCUUUAUCUUAACCACAGAUAAAAUAAUACUACACUAGUAUCUUAGCAAAGCUAUCUGAGCUAAGCAAAGCUAUGAAAACUGUCCCAGUUCUUACUGAUGACUGAUAAUGAAGGAUACAGUGUUACGAUAAAGCGUCACGGCAGAUUAGCAGCUUCCUUCACGCCUGCAUAAAGAACAAUUGAUACUUUAGCCAUAUCGGCUUACCUAUCCCACACAAUACAGACAGUUUGCUUAGCUUAUAGCUCCGUAUUUCGCAGUGUGGACUGAAGUACAAAAACAAGUUAUGGCUUACUUAGCUCAGCUCUCAGCGUAGUGUGCAUUUUAUUAUUGGACAUAAGAGUGUUUUGAACAUUAAACAAAUUAUUUCUAAUAACAUUUCUACAAUAUUGUUGACCAAACCCAUACUUACUGUUGGUUCCUAGACGAGUAGAGAAUGUAAAUGUUAAUUAAUAUUGUUUUUUAGUUGUUAGCUUAGUCCGUGGAUUGAUAAUAUCCACAUCAGAAAUGUGAUAUUAUUGAGUCUUUGUAUAAGUGAUUAUUUAGUAUAGAAAUAAUUUAUAUAAAAAUAAAAUGCUUUUCCAAAUAA